AUGCUUCAUUUAUACGGACAAGGAUUACCCAGGAGAGCGCCGAAAAGAAGAGGACGAAGAGCUGUCAGCUUGACGCAGCCCCAUAUAUUUAACCGCUUUGGAGAGCCUUCCAAACACUCGAUCAUCCAACCAUACAGCAGCAAAAAGAGAAAAGUGAGUGAUCGAAAUGAUGGAAUUACUGUGAACGUCAGUGGAAAGAAAUACUUCUUCACUGGAAGAUUGUUAUCUCUAUUUCCCAACAGUCUACUGGCGCAUCGUAGAAAACGAGCUUUUUUCUACGAUUCUAUACGCGACGAACUGUUCUUCGACAGGAAUCGAACAGCGUUCGAAACCGUGUUCCAUUUCUACGUGUCAGAGGGACGAUUGAUGUUUCCCGACGAAAACUUUCCAGAACAGCUUCUGGCGGAUGAGCUUUACUUUUUUGGGCUAUAUGAGUACAUUAACGAAGAUAUCAAAAAGACAAAAUUAGCCUUGCCAAGUGCUUUGACCAAGAGACAAGUUAUGCCUUUAAGAAAGUGUCAAAGAGAAGUAUGGAAGAUCUUUGAAGUUCCAGAUUCAAACGCACUAGCUAGGCUGGUCAACUUGUUCUCUUUACUCGUUAUUGUCUGUUCAGCUAUAAUCCUGUGUGUUGAUACUCUCCCUACCUUCAGGAACUACAAACCCGUGACCUUGGCAUCAAAUGCUGCAUCGAACACAUCAAAGAACUCGAGUUAUGGCAACCAUUCCACAAAGACACAAAAAAUAGGGAUCGUUCAUAUCUUGGAGGCUUCUUGUAUUUCAUGGUUUACUUUGGAACUCAUUGCACGAUUUUCCGUUUCUCCAGAAAAACGAAAGUUUUUUGUUCAAGCUUUGAAUAUCAUCGAUUUAGUAGUCAUUGUUCCAUUCUACAUCUCGUUGUUUAUAUCCUUUGGAUCUAUUCGCGUCUCAUUGUACAUUUUGCGUAUUCUCCGUUUGUCACGAGUUUUUAGAGUAUUAAAAAUAUCUCGCUAUGUUACUACUAUGAAAGUACUGGGAAAAACUUUCAAGGACAGUAUUGGUGACCUCUGGACAAUGUUAUUUCUGAACAUAAUUGGAACUGUUCUCUUUGGGAGCAUAGCUUACUAUUGUGAACAGUGGCACGAGGGGACUAAGUUUGAGAGUAUCCCGGUGAGCUGUUGGUGGGCUAUGGUUACCAUAACAACGCUCGGCUAUGGAGAUAUCGUUCCUAAAACACUAGGUAAGAAUGAAAUAUCACUCGUGGGGCUGUUUCUUAGCCUAGUUUUCUAUACAUUCUUCAGUGGUUUGGGUUACUUUCCUAUCAAAUUGAGAUCCGGCAAACCGUGAACGCUUUUAUUUGAACCUGAGAGGUCAAUUGUGUACUGGUCGAUCUUGAUAAAGUUCAGUGCACGCGAUCAAACCCAAAACCACAAACUAAUUACUUUGCUGAUUGUGGUUUAGUUUCCUCUCGCUUGAUUGGCUUUGUCCUUGAGACAAAACAACAUUCCAGAAACAUCAUGGUUUCUGUUGUUUACAAUUUUCUGAUCGUGGGUUUCAGAGUAUAGUUACUUCAAUUCAAGCAUCUCUCACUUUUGCGCUAUCUUACAUCGGGAUGAUGAUUAUUUACAGGGCUAUUGGCUCAUUAAGUAUCCAAAUACCUUAUAAGGAUUUCUCCUUAGCUAAUUUCAUACUUUUCCUUUUGAGUUAUCCAAAAUAUUUAGUGUCUUAUCAAAAUAAGACUUUUUUUUACAACCUGUUUUCUGGACAAUGCUUUGAUAUUUUGGGGAAAAAGGAGUAAAAGGCUUAAGGAGAUUAUGUGUUUCUUCUUAUACACCAAGCCCUGUAAAGUCUCACGUGCUUAUUUUCACCAUGACAACUCCACGAUCACAGGAAAUUCGAGUGGCUUUGUAAUCAAUAAAUAACACUUAUUUUCUCUAUCACACUGCUGGACUGGUACUCAGACAGACAAUCCUAACAAUUUCUUGAUGUUGUCUAACAGGGGGUAAGAUAACAGGUGGAGUGUGUUCAGUGUCUGGAGCUUUACUCAUCACACCCUUCUUGCCAAUCAUCUUUGAAAAGUUUAACCGGUAUCAGCAGCAGGAGGAGUUCAAACCGAAAAGUAAUGGGUACGACAUGCGGGAAAAACAAAGAAAGAGAGCUUACACGGUUGACUACACUACGCAUGAGCAAUGCCAAGUAAAUGAACCGCUGGUCAGAAAAAGGCAGAGGAGAUUCACGGUCUGAAAAACACCAACAAGAAGGGUGGAUAGAGAAUUUUACAUACACCUCCAGCAUAAGAAGCCCAGAUAUUCAAGAGAACUUCAUACCAUGGAAAUGAUUUAUUAUUUUCGUAAAUAAAACUGUACUUAUUACUUGAUCAUUGUAUGCUCGAGAAUCUUACAGUCUUUGAUUUUGAGAGUCAAGGGAAUUAAACUCAUAUUUGGUGGCCUACUUAAUUAUGCCCAUUUCUGCAAGUACACCUCUC